AUGCCGAAACACAAGAAAUGGAUUGAUAAAAAACAUUGUAAAACAUUUCAUUUGGUUCAUCAAAAUCAAAAUGCUGAAUAUCGUGACGGUGAAUUUGUGCAACAGUUGGUUAGGAAAAAGCAUAUGGAAGAAUACGACAAGUAUGGCAUAUACUUUGAUGAUGACUACAAUUAUUUGCAGCAUUUGAAAGAAGUGAACGAGGUAACAGAAAGUGGAGUAGGACAGUCAAUUAUUAGAAUACCUGUGGAGAAAACAAAUCUUUUAACAAACAUAUUCGAAGCAAAUGGUUAUGAAAUCAAUGCUGAAUUACUGAAGAUGGGAACAUUACCGCAUGAAAUGCAAAUCGAUCCGCAUAUAGUUGCGGAAUUGACAAGUGAUGAUUUCGAAUUUGAAAACCCAACUGAUGACUUAGAUGAUGACUUCGUCUUGCAAGCCAAUGGUGGUGAAUUACCUGUGCUACCACCACCGAUAUCAAUUUCAUUGAGGAAGAACGAAUUUCGUGUGAAAGCUGUUCAUAGUGAUGACGAUAGCAAUGAAGAAAUGGAUUUCAAUUCAAGCUAUGAUGAUCACAAGUCGGAAAAAGAUAUUUUCGUCCAUAUAGAAAAUAAGGAUGAACUGAGAUCGAUUGAUGAACAGUUCGAUAAAUUAUAUGAGGAAUACAAUGAAACAGAAGAUGAAAAUGAGGAGGCAGAGGAGUUUCUUUUGGAUCCAAGCUCUGAUCGAAUGAAAAUGCUUGUGGAAGAUUUCAAAAAGAAAAGAAUGGAACUUGUUCUGCAAAAAGAUGUACUGUCUCAGUGUUAUCCCGAAACAAAUGAUGAAGCGCUGGAGGUUGAUGAACAGAUGGAGAAGAUCACAAUAAUUUGUCCUAAAAAGAAAAAAAUCAAAUGGGAUUGCGAAACAGCUGUCUCCGCUUAUUCCAAUAUUUAUAAUCGGCCUGCUGUCAUUGUUGAUUCUUCACGUAAACAAAAAUUGAAAUCGGUUCUAAGGCAAAUCGAAAAAAUGGACUAUUCAGUUCAAUCAGGAACUAAGUCAGCAAUUUCAAGGGUAUCCUCAGCAACGAUGAAAAGACGUGGGGAAACAGCGGAAGAGCGAAAAGCAAGGAAAGCAUCUAUUAAAAUGAUUCGAGCUGAGCGAAGAGCUGAAAAGAAAUGUAAUAAAUUAACAUUUAAAGAAGAGCGAAAGAAAGCGGCUUCAUGCUGCCAUGGUUCGAUUAUUAGAAUGAUGCCCAUUGUGUAA